UCGCGUCAAAUGAGUGUAUGGCUUUAAACCCACCGCUGCUAUCGUUAACCCAUCAUGUCUCUCGGGCACUUCAGGAGUAGCUGUUUUUCGUCAGUGUGAUGCUAUGAACGAGGCCUCGUUCAAUCUGGGACAAGAUGACGGACGCCCAAGGCGAUCGCCGUCCGGAACAGUUGAAUAAAUUCGAGAAGCUGACAGGCAGGCCGCUUCACGGUCACCGUACGCCCCCCGCCCGCAGUGGCCACCGCUGUGUUGCUGACAACACAAACCUCUAUGUCUUUGGGGGCUACAACCCAGAUUACGACGAGUCAGGUGGCUCUGAGAACGAAGACUAUCCACUGUUCCGAGAGCUUUGGAGGUACCACUUUGCAACGGGUCGAUGGCAGCAGAUUCAAACAGAGGGCUUUGUGCCCACAGAGCUUGCCUCCAUGUCAGCCGUGUUGCAUGGUAACAAUUUGCUGGUGUUUGGCGGCACCGGGAUCCCCUUUGGUGAGAACAACGGGAAUGACGUCCACGUUUGCAAUGUCAAAUACAAGCGGUGGUCGCUUCUCAAUUGUCGCGGGAAGAAGCCCAACAGAAUCUACGGACAGGCGAUGGUCAUCAUAAAUGGCUUUCUCUACGUGUUUGGGGGUACAACGGGGUACCUGUACAGUACAGACCUGCACAGGCUAGACCUGACCACCAGGGAGUGGAACCACCUAAAGCCCAACAACCCUCCUGAUGACCUACCCAAGGAACGGUACAGGCAUGAAAUAGCACAGGACGGACAGAGGAUCUACAUACUAGGAGGAGGGACCUCCUGGACAUCUUACCCUCUGGACAAGAUUCACGCGUACAACCUGGAGACUAAUUCCUGGGAGGAGAUUGCUACAAAACCUCAUGACAAAAUAGGGUUUCCCGCUCCUAGGAGAUGUCACAGUUGUGUUCAAAUACGAAACGAUGUAUUUAUUUGUGGUGGCUACAACGGUGAGUUGAUACUGGCUGACCUGUGGAAGAUCAACCUGCAGACAUUGCAGUGGAGUAGGUUGCCCGCUAUGAUGCCUGAGCCCGCCUACUUCCACUGCGCUGCCGUUACGCCGACGGGCUGCAUGUACAUCCACGGCGGUGUGGUGAACAUCCAGGAGAACAAGAGGACCGGUUCUCUCUUCAAGAUCUGGCUAGCCGUGCCGACCUUGCUGGAGAGAUGCUGGGAGAGGCUCCUCCAGGCCUUCCCCCACAUCGCCUCUCUGCCCACCACGCAGCUGCUCAACCUGGGGCUCACACAGGAACUCAUCGAGCGCUUGAAAUAACAGACUUGGAUCAUCAAAUGAGUCUUUCCUGCUCUGCCAAAACUAUGGGAUGCCUUCUUUUGCCUCAUUUUUUGUUCUUUUUACAAAAUAUGUUUUUGCACUAAGUGUGAAAUUAUGCUAAAUACUGAAAGUAUGGAUUUUCCCCAAAUUGCCAUUCUGGAGUUGACAUGUUGCCUAGUUUUGCUUAUCAAGUCAACCCAUCAGCAGUUGGAAACAUUUUGCCAAAUCAUGAUUUGCUUAAAUUUAAAACUAUAAACCCGGUACUGUAUAUUACACGUGUUAUUAAAUUUUUAAAGACUUCUGUGCAAAGGAUGGAGCAUGUAUAUUAUUUACUGGAAGAACUCUACACCAUCCCGCAUAGUAUUUUACGUUUUAAAGCGGCACACUUUUUUUGCGUUUGCCUAAUAGCUUGGUCACUCUUAAAUCGACCCGCCCCCAAUACUCUUGUCGACGAGACAAAUUAACGCAUUGGCAAAUGGUCAGUAUGUGCAAUUUUAAGCCUACUCGAUACAUGUAAAGUUCUCUUUUAAAAAGUCGCGUCACUGUGAAUUUGGUGCUCUAACAGAAUCCAUUUGAAAUGUCAUGAUCCGAAUAAAGUUUAAAACCCUCGCUGAUGCUGAAAUGAAUGACUUUGUAUGGGAAUUGAGCUUGAGCAAUGCCCUCAAAUAUUAAAAUAGGGUUGCAGCAGUGGAAUGAGGACAGUUGGUGUGGAAGCGGUACUAAUCCUUUAGUUCCAAUCGGGUUAAUUUGUGCCGGAUCCUGCCGGAAAAAGAUCCCGCACCUCUUGAUUUUGGCCU